AAAAGCACAGCAUAAAAAUGCAAAGCAAUCCAAGUUGCAGUGAUGGUUAUGAAGACCACGUGUCUGGAGUCCAGUGAAUCAAGAUAAUUUGGUGGUCUUCUGCCAUAAUGAACACUACGACAGUCACGUUUACUCUGUCCAGGUCUUUCAAUGGCACUGGAGAGCCAGCUGGGGCAUCCAUCACCUGGAAGGGGGGCAUGAUUAUGCUAAUUACCAUCCCUCUAUCAGUCAUUACCAUCAUAGGCAACAUCCUGGUCAUCAUCUCCUUCAGGGUCAACCCACUCCUCAGGACAGUCAGUAAUUAUUUCCUCUUGAGCCUGGCUGUGGCUGACCUUAUCCUGGGUACCAUUUCAAUGAACCUCUACACGACUUACAUCCUGAUUGGCCGCUGGACAUUAGGGAAUUUGGCCUGUGACAUCUGGUUGGCUGUGGAUUAUGUGGCCAGCAAUGCCUCUGUCAUGAACCUGUUGGCCAUUAGCUUUGACCGCUACUUAUCCGUCACCCGACCUCUGACCUAUCGGGCCAGUCGGACCACCAGAAGAGCAGCACUGUUGAUUGCCCUGGCCUGGGGCGUGUCCUUUAUACUUUGGGCACCAGCCAUCUUGUUCUGGCAGCACAUAGUCGGCCAGAGGAUGGUUUCGGAAGACCAGUGUUCGGUCCAGUUCCUGUCUCAGCCUGUGAUCACGUUCGGGACAGCCAUUGCAGCCUUUUACCUGCCUGUCAGUGUGAUGGUGGCUCUGUACUGGAAGGUGUACCGAGAGACAGAGAGACGCUCAAAGCAGCUGGCUGGGUUAAUGGCAUCUCAGGGCAGGGAUACCCAGAAGUCAUCACAGAGAUCCUCUCAGCACCAGUCUCAGUCCAGGCUUCAGGCAACCACCGAGCAGAAUUCAGAGCACAGGCCGAGGAGCCUCUGCCCCUCCAUCACCCACUGCACAGCUGCAUGGUGGAAGAAGAAGAGGAAGCGCUACAUCAGACCUCCCUCACACACUGCCCACACAAACAGGCACCCACAGACUGGCACCAACGGCAGCCUCUGCAAUAAAGACGAGGAGAACAACAAAAUAUACAUUCCUCUAGUUCGGAUAAGUAAGAGGUUGGAUUCAAUGAAUGAUUCUGACAUUGAAUCUGAUACCCAUGUAGCAGACUAUCAGUCAGACAGCCAACAGUCAGUCGGUCAGUCUAGCAGCUCCUGUCCAGACACAGACACAAGAACUUCUUCUCUUACCCAGUCAGCAGCACAAAGAAGCCGCAAACCCCGUAGCUGGUCUCUGAUCAGAGAAAAGAAAGCAGCUCGGACACUGUGCGCCAUCCUCCUGGCCUUCAUAGUGACCUGGACACCAUACAACAUCAUGGUGCUUGUGUCCACCUUCUGUGAGGACUGUGUCCCUGAGGGACUGUGGCAGCUGGGCUACUGGCUCUGCUACGUCAACAGCACAGUGAACCCUGUCUGUUACGCGCUCUGCAAUAAGCAAUUCCGGGUAACCUUCAAGGCCCUGCUGCUCUGCAAGGGGAAGAAGCAAAAGAAGGGAACAUUUAGAUGGGCAUUUUCCCGGGGCAGCUAGUCACCUCACUGGAGUCCACAUCUAUAAAGCCGAGGAGUUUCUUAUUGCUAUCAUAAUAGAGAUGGCACCGAUGCAAUACCCAUUAUUAGUAUGGGGUGAAUAUCAGCAGAAAAUGCUAGACUGGGUAUUAGAGAACAAAAAGUUUUCAAAUCAAGUUUUGUAACAAAUCUAGCAUGAAAUAUGACUGUGUUACUUAUACUGCAACAUGUUGUAAAGCUAUAUAAAGUAGGUCACAUGGUAACUAUAAUAGCCAUAUGUAGCCUAACAUUAAAGGGGUGCUGGCUGAAAUGAAGAAACUAAAUUAUUACUAACUUACAUCUGCUGUAAACGUGUCUACCUGCCUCCUGUGGUGACGCCACAAUAGACCCAAGAGACUUUCCAGUUUAAAGCUAAGAAAACCCCUUUAAGAUGAUGUUUCUAGCAGGUGAGAGGAAUAGCUAGCUAAUGCAGAAGGAGGCAAUGUAGCCAAGUAUUACUGCUAGGAAUCUGAAUAUUCUAUCUGUAUUUUGUAUAGGUGCAUUUUUAUGGCUAUGUUGGGGGAUUUCCAAUUGUUGUAUGUGCACAAUGCAUGCUGGGUAUUGUAUACAGUACAACUAAUUGAUGAAAGCAAAAAUGAAACAAAAUUGUGAAUUCUGUCAACUGGA